AUGGCAUUUGCAUUGAAUGUACCUAAUGAAAUUUUGAGUGUAUUUGAUAAUUCACAUCGAAAUGAAAUGAAAUCUAAUGAUUUACAUAGAAUUUUAAACAAUCGAAAUAUACAGAUCUCGAUGGAUGAAAUCAUCCGAACAGUUCGUUCAUCAAGCCUUUCAAAUCUUUUCAAUGUUCAAUCUUUAUCAAACGAUUCAUAUGUAAUACAAUUGAAUCCAAAAUUAACACUUUGUAAACAUUUUUUACGGAAAGGUUGUAAAAAUAAAAUGCAAUGCACAAAACUACAUGUAUGCCGUUUUACAAGCCAUACUUUCAAUAGACCCAUUGACAAACCUUGUUAUUAUCCGCACAAACUUAGUCAGCACUCAAAUAAUGUCCUUCUAUUAAAACGAUUUAAUUAUGAUACAUUAGAUGAAGAGAUUCUUCUUCGUUUACUUCGUCUUCAUUAUACAAUCACUAGUCAACAAGCAGUCAAUGAGAAUCAUAUUAAUUCAAGUCGACCAUCAUCAUUUCAGCCCAGUCGUCUGCAUUCGAAUGAUUCUCAAGUAAAAGGACCGAUUCAUCCAUCAACGCCACCCUCACAAUUGAAUAAACCAUCUGUCAUAACAGACAAUGUUAUAGAACGACAAUUAGACAUCAGUAUUCCAUCACAACAAGAUGCCAAUGAUGUUGAUCUUGAAAUAGUUGAACUUAUUUUAGCAGGAAAAGAUAUUAUUAUUGAACGAAUAUUAGAAAAUCAAACAUCAAAUGAAUUCUAUCGUCGAUAUACAAUUCAACUUAAAACAAAACAAAUUAUUGACAAUAUACUUCAAAAUGAACCAAUUAUUAUGUACAAUAAUAUUCCGAUCAAAAUGAAACGAACAAUACGGCAAAAAGAUAAAUGUAUAUUUGCACUUAAAUUCGAUACCGAUCAAAAGAUUGAUGAUACACGAUUGAAUCUAUAUGUGAAAACACUCGUUGGAAAAGUUCAUUCUAAUGUAUUUGAUAUGACAAAUGACGGCAGUGAUGAACAAUUACAUCUUAUUCGAUGUGAUGAACCGAUUGACUUCGAACAUUUGCAUAAAGCACAUAAAGCUAAAAACAUUUUACAAGGUUACCAUGUAACUGUUAUUGAAGUAUAUGAAGCUGAAGCUCUUGCAGUUUCGUUUGUAAAUCGUUCAUUGCAUCAAUCAAUGACUUUAUCACGAUUACGCCAAUGGAUUGGUGAACAUCGUUGGCAGCAAGAUGUUUUUGCUUGUCUUUGUAUUCAGAAUGGAACGAAUGCAGAGAUCGAAUUAAUGAGUCCUGAAGUUACGAGUAAAUGGUUGUCCGAAGCAAGUAGAAUCGAAAAAGAUCUGUCACUUGUAAUUCAUCCGAUUAUUGAUUUUAUUCGACCACCGGAAACAAAUGAAGAUGACCAAGAUGAAGAAAUAAUAAACUUGUUGACUAAAACAAAACUAUCUCCAUCCAUUUCACCAUCAUCUUCAAUAGGCGAUUCACGAAAAGGAGAAAACGAUCAAACUUCUUACGAAAUUAAACCCGAUUGGCGUGUUGUUCUAACACAUCCAACAUUUGGUGAUGAAUAUAAAAAAUACAUUCGUGAAAAUUUAAAUAUUUCCGUUCAGAUCACUGGCUCAUCAAUUCAACUGCCGAAUCCUCAGAUUCGCAAAGAAUUCGCACGUUAUACAAAUAUGUUUAUUCAAAAAUUUAUCUUUCACGAAGUGAGCAAUUUAGAUGGAGUUCAAGUUAAAAUUAUCAAAAGUAAUUACACACGAAUGGCACAUAAAUGGCAACAAAAUACAAACAUAACGUUAAUUGCUGCACGCCGUGAUACUAUGGCUGAACUUUUUCCAAUCCUUUCGUCACCAAAUCAACAACAAAACAAAACAAGAACGACUCCGGCAUUUACACAUAGGCCACCGUCAACUCCUCAAAAACACGAACGACAAUCAACACCACUCAUUGCUGAACAACCACGACAUGAAUCACCUACAAUCCAAAUAAAAUCAAAUAAAGAUCAAAUCCAAACGCUUUCCUAUCCAAUAGAAAAUUCUGUUUAUUUUCCUUUUUUCUCUUUCACAAAUUCAUUUCCGGGGCGCCUUAAUACUUAUCUAUCGAAUUCGUUUAAUAUAAAAUUAGAUAUAAAACCAGUAUCGUCGACAAAAAUUGUACUUGAACUUAUUGGUCAACCUAAAGAUGUGUCUGAUGCUCGACCCGUUUUGACAUCGUUAUUUGCAUUAUUAAAAACAAAAACUUAUUCUGAUCCGAACGAUUCUUGUAAAUUUUCUAUACCCGAUCUUUAUCGUGUCGUACAAUUGCGACUUGAUAAAUGUUCUAUAGUAGCAUCGUGCAGUUUUUCAACAAAAAAUGAUGGUGUUUUACUAGUUAGAUAUUUUGCUGAUCAUCCACAAUUUGGUGCUGAUGAACAAGAAAUUGAUGAUGUUGUACAACGUAAUCUUUUUAAUUUUUCAUAUCCGGUUGAAACUACAAGUAAAAAACUUGGAAUUAAAUUUGAGGAAUUAGAAAAGAAAAUUAAACAAAGAACUGAUUACGGAGAAAAUAUUUGUUGUCUGUAUAAAUAUCAAAGAGGAUCAACAGAUCAAACUCGAUUAAUUUCAAUUCAUUUAUGUGGAAUAGAAUCUGUUGUUCGAGAGAUUUAUCAAGAAUUUAAGAAGAUUUCAGAUGAAUAUUUACCGAUACCGUGCAAUAUACAAUUAAACUCAGGCCAAGUUAAUUUUUUGUUAAAUGUUUAUCUCGGUGAUUUAAUCGAAUUCGAGAAACAAAAUGAAACUGAUGGCGUAGAUUUACGAUCGAAAUUGAAAAACGAACCAACAAGUCAAUUUAUAGCACCGAAAUAUUUACAUGCAAAAAUAAAACUAUUCUUACUUGAAAUGAGUCAAUUGAAAGUAUUAUCAAAAGAGAUAAAAUGUGCAAAACAAUUAAUUCAUAAUAAAAAAGAUGAACUAUACGAAUUAGCAUUAAAAAAUCGAUGUUUACUUUCAAUAACAUUAUCACCUCAAGCCACAGUCUCUCGUAGAAUAACACCUACGAUAUCUAAAGUUAGUUCAGGAACAAUAAAUAUAUCCAAUGGUGAUCUAACAACAGAACGAUCUGAUGUUCUCGUUGUUUGUUCAUCAUCUGCAAAACUUUGUGAGAGUGUAAUUCGAGCAGCUGGAAAACAAGUUGAACAAGAAUUAAAUGGCGUAGAUCUAACAAAGAAUGCAACUGACACAUCAGUUGGGAAUUUAAAACAAGCCAAACGACUUUUCUUUUUACCUUGGACACCACCUGCUUCAUUUUUAAAUAAUCAAGACAUCGAUGUACUUCGCCAGUCGAUCUCAGCAUUUGUUAAACAAGCGAUUCAAUUUACUAUUCAAGGACAAUUUAGGAGUAUUGCUUUUCCCGCCAUUGGAUGCGGUGGUUUUGGAAUACAACCAGAUAUAAUUGCGAAAAUUAUGAUUGAUGCAGUUCGUGAAGAACUCACGGCUGAUCCAACUACACAGCUGGUAGUUACAUUCGCUGUACAACAAGCACGUGUAUACGAUGUUUUUAAUGCUACGCUCAAAGAUACACCAAUAGGCGAUGGUAUUCGAAGCCGUCCGUUAUCAAAUCAAGAAAAAUUUGCGAUUACUCUUACAACAUCUAAUUCACAUAUUCAGACAGCCAACAAUUUAUUAGCAACUAUUGAAAAUGUUCUCGUUCCAUCGUUUUCUUCCUAA